AUGGGUCAUGAGUUCACUGGUGAGGUGGUCGAGAUGGGAGACGAUGUGAAGAAGUUCCAGAAAGGUGAUACGAUUGUGACACCAUUCACAAUCAGCUGUGGAGAGUGCUUCUAUUGUAAGAAGGGAUUCUCGUCCAGAUGCGAGAAGUGUUUGCUGUAUGGCACAGCUGCCCUCGAUGGAGGUCAAGCUGAGUACGCUCGAAUUCCUCUAGCCGAUUCUACUGUGGUCAAGGCACCACCGAAGAUCGACGAGAAGAAACUCGUCCUUAUGGCUGAUAUCUUUCCCACUGGCUAUUUCGCUGCAUACAACGCUUUCAAGGGCUUUGAGCAUGCAGACAUCUGGGACAUGACGGUCGUCCUGAUCGGAUGCGGACCUGUAGCUAUGUGCGCGCUGGUCAACGCUCUUGAGUAUGGUCCCAAACAUCUGCUGGCUGUCGACUCGGUUCCAGAACGUCUUGAACAAGCUAAGAAACUGGGUGCGGAGCCAUGGAAUUUCAAAGAGAAUAAGGAUGGACUAGUCAAAAGAGUCAAAGAGCUUACCAACGGCAGAGGCGCAGACGCAGUCAUGGAAUGUGUCGGACACAGUGAUGCUCUUGGACUGGGAUUCGAGCUUCUCAGGCCUUGGGGUCGAAUCAGCAGUAUCGGUGUACACAAUGGUGAAAUCCCAUGGACCGGCAACCAGGCUUAUGGCAAGAACCUCACGGUCCAGAUGGGCCGAUGUCCAGUACGAUCGUUAUUUGAGAAAUCUUUGAGUAUGCUGGAGAAGAACCAGGACAAGCUCGACUUCAUGAUUGACAAUAUCCGCCCGCUUUCAGAAGCUGUUCCUGCGUACGAUGAGUUCAACAAUAUGAAAUACCACAAGAUCGUGUUUGAAGCUGAUAAGUAA